CCAAGCCCCGGAAAACAGUGGAACUACAACCCAGCGAGAGGGCAAAUAGACUAAAGGACACAAAAUCCUCCCGAAAACUUUAGACUAUACUGUAACGAUGAGCAGGAUUGUUAGUGUUCUACGGUGUACGUUUGGGAUAGCACGCGAGCACGUCGGAACAGAUAUUUUGGGGAAUAAAUAUUACUUCAUCCCAGAACAGAAGACAUGGACAGGAAGGCGCGUGCAUGCCAAGAGAAUAGUAGAGGCAGCCAAUCCUACAGAGUAUGAAUAUAUAGAAGGCAACAUACCGAUAGAGUGGGACGCUUGGAUCCGAGGCAGACGGAAGGAGCCCCCCUCCAUCGAGGAGUUGCUACAGAAUGACACUUAUAGAGAACUGAUGAAGCUGAAGGCCAAGGAGGUGGAGAAGAAAGAUCAGGCCCUACAAGCUAAGGAGUACCAGGAAGGUCUUGUGGCGACUCCUGCAAGGACUGUGGCCAAGGGCCAUGCAGCUUCUACCAGCUUCGGCAGGCAGGAGAUCAGCAAGGACCCCACCAACACUGCAAACACGUUCAAGCCCGGCUCCUGGAUGCCUUCUAAGAAAUAGAGAUAUCCACGUACACUGAGGCUGUUUUAAGACUUAAUGCAAUCCAAAAGAAAGCCCCUGCAACUGAUAUUCAUUUUAGCUGGGACUUAAGAUUUAAUAUUAAAAACACCACAAGUAUUUAUUUGAAGGCAAUAGUGCUGAACUGCAUUAUAAAGGCAUUUUUUACUUUUCUAGUCUCAGUGUAUAUUGUAUGUAUACAAGUUAAUAUUCAUCACUCACCUUGAAGCCAACAAAUUUAAUGUAAUUGAGAGG